AGUGUGUGUUGUACACUCAUCACAAUGAUAUACGGAAUAUUCAUCGUGGGGUUGGCAGUGCUGGUUUCCGCUGCCCUUGCUGCUCCUGGUAGCGUCGGCUAUGGUGGGGGACAUGCAGGCUUUCGUGGCCUCGGAGGUGGAUACGGUGGCUUCGGCAGUGGACAUGGCAGCUACGGUGGCAGAUAUGGAGGCUACGAUGGUGGAUAUGGUGGCUUCGGUGGUGGACAUGGCAGCUACGGUGGUGGAUAUAGUGGUGGAUACGGCGGUGGAAGAGCUACCAUCAACUUCAACCUGGGUCACGUUGGUGGAUAUGGUGGUAGUUACGGAGGAUAUGGCUUAGGUUUGGGCUUUGGGCGAGGGGGAUACGGAGGUAGCUAUGGCGGCUAUGGCAGCUAUGGCGGCUAUGGCAGCUAUGGUGGCUAUGGCAGCUAUGGUGGCUAUGGCAGCUAUGGGAAAUAA